AGUUCGUUUGAUACCCAAAGUAGGGGAGAUAUUGGGUGACCCCACGGUUGAACUCGAACGUGAAAUUCCUAUCCAUAUAUCAUAUCCUAGGCCACCACUUUCAGCACCACAAAACACACACACACACCAAUAACACUCACUACACACAGCAACUAAUUAACGAAGAAGCCAUGGCAAUUAGGCACAUUGUUAACAUAGCUCAUGCGUCCCAUCUCAAAUCUUCACCAUCUCUCCUUGUUAAGCCCAAGCCUUCCACAUUCAUUACCUCUACUACCAUUGUUCAGUUUCUUAACCCAACUGUAUUUUCAAGGAAACAUAAUCUAGCUGCAGUGUCCAAGGCAUCAUCAGCAGAUAGCAUUUCACCCGUAGACGACGAAGAGGGAGUUUCUCUAGGGACCAUGAAACUGCCCUCCGACACCGAUGUUGCUAGAUUUGAGACAUUGUUGUUUCAGUGGGGGAACAGUCUAUGCCAAGGUGCUAAUUUACCGCUGCCAUUGCCCCUGAAGGUGGACAAAAUCCCUGGUGGAGCUAGGCUUGGUUUCAUUACUAUUGGAGAUGGUGAGACGGAGGUCCCCGUGUACAUAGAUUGUUUGGUAUUUCCGGGAACUGAUAGCUCCGCUCCAGUCUUCCGAGCCAUACGAAACGGGCCCAAGAAAGAUCAACCGCCUCCUGGAGAGCCACGGAUCAUGAGAAGCAUGUUGGAGGCCUUGAAGAAGUGUGUCGAAAUCGCAAGAUUCUAACUUAUUUGCAGACACCGUUGUAAAAUUUUGUUCUCAGCAUUAUGCAGCACUAUAUAUGGUUAAACUUCUCUGUGUUCAGUUCUACUACAUACUAACAUUGUCUAUAAAUUUAAAAUAGUUAUGAUCGGAAAAUGUUCUGAUA